CGCCACCAUGCUGAGGCAGCAGGAAGGGCUGCAGAUGAAGAAAGACACAACGUCGUGAGAAGAUCUUCACCGGAGAGCAGGCGAUACUCACCAUGGCAGCAGACUGGCGGACCGAGGCUGAGGAUGGCAAGUUGGAGGACAACGCAAACAAGAUAGCGCUCGUCCUCUCACACCUCACCGAUCUCCUGGCCACCUGCAUUACACAGCAGGAGGAGAUCCACGGUCUUGACAACUCGGUAGCUCAUCUCCAAGACCGCCUUCAGCGGUUGGAGCAGCGACCAGUCGCGGCCGCCGACGCAAGCUCUUCCAACACUGCCGACCGCCUCAACGCACUGGAGUUGGACGUCGGCUCACUCAAGGAUGGCGCACAAGUACAGCAGACCGCGACGCAACAAUUGCAACAGCGGCUCGGCACUACGGCCACCACCUCGAGUCCGGAGCCGCGCGAGUCAGCUCCUAAGUUCGAUGGGCAGGAGAUCUUCUGCGAUUCAAUCAAGACAGAUCCAAUUCCAUGGUUUCGCAAGUUCGAGCUCACACUGCAGCUCCACAACGUCAAGGAACACAAGCAUCACGCCUACAUGUACUCUCGCUUAGGGGGCGCGUGUCAGGCUUGGUUGGACAACCUGUUGUCCAAGUACGGAGUGGUAGCCGCCGACUUGCACACCAAGAUCAGUUGGGAUGAUCUAAAGGCGGCGUGGCACAAGCGGUUCCAGGUGGAGCCGCCAGAGAUCAAAGCCAUGGACAAGCUCAUAGUCUUCGAGCAAGGCACGCUGCCGAGUACGGACUGGAUCGCCGAGUACCAACGCUUGACGUCAGUCCCAGACAUCCAGAUGAGCUUCAAGGCCAUCCGCCACUAUUUCAUCUCAAGGUCAUGUCCGGCAUUGAGCAAUGCCUUGACGCAUGUCGAGGACACCUUGACGACGACAGCGGAAUUAUUCGACAAGGCUGCGCAGAUCAUCGUCACGAACAAGGAGGCCAAGAACCUCCGUUCAUCUGCGUCAGGCCCGAGCAAGGACCAGCAUCGGCCAAGAGUGGUCGUGGUCGCAGCGGCAACGCCGUUAGACCAAACCAGCGAGGCUGUGUCUGCCAGUGAAGGGGACAGAUUCGCAGCCGCCCGAGAAGACGGAGGGUUGCCCAUUGAAAGGCAAGGGCAGACAGGGAAACUGAGCACCGUCGAGAGUGACGCGACGACACUCUCGACGCCUUCGGAACUCGUUUCUUCGCGAGUAACCAGCCUUCAUUCCGAGGCGCACGCGGAAGUCGACAAUCCUCCACUUCUACUUUCUUUUGAGGACUAUGCUGUCCGGCUCGUUCCAACGCUGGGUACUCAAGCUCAAGGACAAGGAGUGUGUGCGGUUUCUUCUCCGUCCGGCAACAGCGACAUAUCGUCUUCAAGUGGUUCGUCACGGGAUUCGGCGCGCGAGUUCAAUAUAGAGGCAUUGGACCCGUUCACAUCUGAGGACUUUGCAUGGCUUCCUCUCCCGACCACAGGCUGUUUGCCGGGACCGCAAUGCGCAACACUUAGCGCUCAUCUCCACACUUACCUUUCCUUCUGUGCACCACCAACUUCGCCGACGGAUGACGAAGUCGCGGUGGGGGACAUCCUGGUAUAUACUACCAAGGUGGCCCGCGAGUUUCGCACGCAGCGGUACGAUAACAACAAUGCACCGCUCAUGUAUGUCCGCAUCCAGGUUGGGCAAGCGUCCUGCAGCGCUUUGCUGGAUAGCGGCGUGACUCGCAACUUCAUGAGCCAAUCCUUUAUGCAAAGGGUUGGCCUUGGCGCACAAGCUCGGAGGAAGGCAAACCCGACGGUGAUCAAGUUGGCGGAUGGAAAGACGCAACAACUUCUCGACCGUUACAUCGAGGCCAUACCGGUCUACUUCGCACCUCAUGCAUGCGAACCGGUAACAUUCGAUAUUCUCGAUACGGACUUCGACAUCAUUCUGGGAAUGCCUUCGCUUGCAAGUGCGGAUCACACGGUCAACUUCCAUCGGCGGACUCUUAGCGUUCUCGACGCCUUCGGCGCGGAAGUGGCAUGUACUAUUCCUCUACUGCACCCUUCGAUCCGGUGCCAAGUGGUGACGGCCAAAUCAUUCCGGGCGACUUGCGCUUACGAGCAGCCCGAGGAGAUCGGCCUAUGUUUCCUACGGACCGUCGCGGUAGCCGACUCUUCACCCACGAACUUGUCUUCGGACCCCCGUGUGGUGCGGUUGCUGGAUGAGUUCGCCGACAUCUUCGAGUCACCUACCGGUGUGGUGCCGGAUCGGCCGAUCUCUCACGAGAUCAUUCUUGAGGCCGGUGCCGUGCCGCCGAAAGGUUGCAUCUAUCGGAUGAGCGAGGAGGAGCUUGAGGUACUCCUCCCACAACUCGACGAUUUGUUGGCCAAGGGUUGGAUCCGCCUGAGUAUCUACCCAUAUGGAGCACCAGUUCUCUUCGUAAGGAAGAAGAACAAGGAUCUACGAUUGUGCAUCGACUACCGCAAGCUGAACGCGCAAACCGUCACGAAUGCGGGGCCUUUUCCUCGCAUCGACGAUCUUCUCGAGCGACAGGGCGGUGCGAAGUAUUUUUCCAAGUUGGAUUUGAAAUCAGGAUAUCAUCAAAUCUCGAUCCUGUCGAACAAUCGCUACAAGACCGCGUUCAAGAUGCGGUACGGGUAUUUUGAGUGGGUGGUCAUGCCUUUUGGCCUCACCAACGCCCCGACGACCUUUCAGGCGGCCAUGACCAAUGAGUUCCGUGCAAUGUUGGACCGAUUCGUACUGGUCUACUUAGACGAUAUUCUCGUCUAUAGCCGGUCAUUGGAGGAUCAUCUGGGGCAUCUUCGACGAGUGUUGGAGACGCUCCGUCGCGCCAAGUACAAGGCCAACCGCGACAAGUGUGAAUUUGUGCGGCAGGAGCUGGAAUACUUGGGCGAUUUUUGCGAGGACCGGCCGUUUGACUUUGGAGAGGAGGCACGGGGAUCAUUCCUCGCUCUCAAAGCCGCGCUAUUGUCUGCGGAGGUCUUGCGAAUCUACGACCCUCUCGCUACUAUGCGUGUCACUACAGAUGCGUCAGGCUAUGACAUUGGUGCAGUCCUCGAGCAACAUGAUGGUGUGGACUGGCACCCGGUCGAGUACUUCAGCAAGAAAGUGCCCCUCGUGCAUUCCAUCGACGAUGCACGCAAGAAGGAGUUUCUCGCCUUCGUCCACGCGCUCAAGCGGUGGCGGCACUUCCUCCUUGGUCGAAGCCAAUUUCGUUGGGUAACGGACAACAAUCCGUUGGUCUUCUACAAGACCCAGGACACCGUCAACAGCACCAUCGCUCGAUGGAUGACUUUCAUCGACCAGUUCGACUUCUUUCCCGAUCAUAUUCGCGGGAAGUCGAACCGUUUUGCGGAUGCUCUUUCACGGCAUCCGGAUCAUUGUACCGCGGUUUACUCAACCUUCGAGAUCGAGGACGACCUGCGGAACAACUUCAUCCGUGGCUACCAAGCCGACCCCGAUUUUCGCGACAAGUACGCGAAUUGCUCCUCUCCUAAUCCGACUCCUUCUCACUACCGGAUCCAAGAGGGGUACUUGCUUGUCCACAYGCGGGGGAAGGAUCUUCUUUGCGUACCAAGUGAUCCUCACUUGCGUACCCGGCUUCGUGGCGAGUUUCACGAUGCUCCCGCUACCGGACAUUUUGGAGUCAAUCGCACGAUUGGCCGACUUCGCCAGCGAUUUUGGUAGCCCGGCCUUCUCGGCGACAUCACGCGCUAUUGCGAGUCAUGCGAGGUUUGCCGACGCU